AUGUAUAUAUAUAUAUACAGAGUCACACACACACUGGUAUUACUUGUGUGUGUAUAUGCAUAUGCACGGCUUGUAAUCGCUUUCGUGUCCGGUCGCUCAGCAUCCAGUGGAAAAGCACAGGACAGCGAGCCAGCGGUGUUUGCAUCCACCGCUGUGGCACUCGCCCGGCUAGGUGCACCUGGUGCAGCCGCGCUCGCCAAAGAACUUGGUGAGGAACGGUCCGAGCUCGAGCAGCAGGUGGUUUGCGAAGCACUCGGCCGCAUGCCGAACUGGCAAGCGGCAGUGGCCCACAUGCCGGCCUUGAUGGCACGGCUUCAGGAUUCGGCUGUCAACACCCGGCGGGCAGCAGCAGAAGCGGUGUGUCGGCUCACCUUCAUUGGUCCAAAGGAGGUGCCAGAAAUCUCGCUGCCUCGGAUCUCGAUGCAGCUUCCGAGCGAUAGAUCGUGA